AUGUCGAUUCCACCGCUUUACAAAUCGUUCGAAGAUAACCAAGAAACAAACUGCAUAUUCUGUAAGUCGUCGACAAAUGACGUUGUUUUGUAUAGCAAUAAAUACACUAAGAAUGGAAUCACCAUACAUAACUUUUGUUUGUUGUUCGCAUCGGGAUUGCAGCAAAAGAAUGAAGCUAAUGUUGAAAUUCUAGGAUAUUUGGAGGAGGACGUCAAACGUGAAUUGAAGCAAGCUUCAAAAUUGACUUGCUUCUACUGUAAAUUGCGUGGUGCAAGUAUUGGAUGCUGUAGACGUUCGUGCCGCAAAUCAUUUCACUACACAUGCGGCUUGGAAAAUAGUUGCCUGUCGCAAUUCUGUGGGAAGUUCGACUCGUUUUGCCACUUGCAUCAUGAUAUUGAACGAUCUACAAUUCAUGCCGAUAACGAAUUGUGUCGUUUAUGUGAACAGUCAAUGGGAAAAUUUCACUCAGUGACAUCAAUCGAGCUUCCGUGUUGCAAUAGCAGAUGGUAUCAUAGUCAAUGCUUGAGGGAUUUGGUGAACAAACAAAAUAUUCCCAGGUGUCAAGCUUGUGGAGAUGAAGAUGCAUUCAGACAAUCUAUGCUUUUGAAUGGAAUUUACAUUUCGGAAAGAUGUUCAGAAGACGAGAUUGAACAAAUCGCCAGUAUGACGCCCAGUACGUCCAGUCAUGAAUCAUCUCCAGCAUCAACUAGUAUUAUUGACAACUUCGCAA